AUGUAUGCACUAGGGUUUCAGGUUUCAGGCAACAGCAUUCCGCCUGCUUCGCCGCUUGGAAAUGGCAUGCGACCUGCUCUAACUGUGAAACUGAUCGAGGCGGCUGGUCUCAUGGACAAUUUUCCCUGUCUGGUGAUCCGAGGGAUAUGCGAUUAUGCCGAUGCACAGAAAAACAAGGACUGGCAGCCUUAUGCGGCGGCGGUGGCGGCGGUGGCGGCGGCGUGCGCGAAGGAACUCCUCUACGUUAUAACAGACCAGGUCGUCCACACCCGAACAAUCGUCGAGAGUGUAAAUGAUGAUAACCCUCUUAUGGUGGAGGAUAACGACGAAAAGACUGGCGAAACAGACGCUUCUACCAGGGCCACGAGUGUGGAGUCUGAGAUUGAUACCAUACACCCCCAAAGCUCCCGCCCAGGGAAACAGCCAAAGACACACGGUUGCUUGAGUCCUAGUACCACUGGACCUACUACCGAACCUACUACCUCUUCCUUCGAUCGCCCCAUCUCUCCCAGUAUCGCACUAUCCCAUGAUCGAAUUGAGCAGGCUAUUCGUGGAGAUGAUCGCGGAAUAGCAGCGACCGUCUAUUCCCCUCACGCCAUCACCGUCCUCCUAUCACUUGCUGGGCGGCCUCAGGAUCAAGGAGCUUUAACAUUGGAUGAAGAGGAGUGGGAGAUCGUAAGGAUCGUUGAUAAGAGACGGACGAGAAGGGGCGAUAAGUACAAGGUGUGCUGGAAGGAAACAUGGCUACUCGAAAGCGAGUUAGGAAAUGCGCAGGAACUGCUGCGGAAGUUUGAGGCGAAACACCAGGCGCAGCGAGGAGGCAAACGGGGAAGACCGGCACGUGCAGAUAAGGGUCGGCGAUCGCUGAUUGCGGGUUUUCGGGUUUCAGGGACUGCUAAAGUAAUGAGGUAUGAGGACAUUGUGGAGGCUGAAAAGAGGCGAGAUGCUAAGGCUAAGGCCGUUCCCAGCCUAGAGCAACAAAAGAGAAUGCCAGAAAGGAACAGAGGUCAACCUCUUAGUCAAGAGAAAGAGGUGACGGAGUUUGAGAUCCAUAAAUUGGGACUGGAUAGCUACUGUUCUGUACUGCAAGGACUGGGGACGUGUUACUGA